AUAACCAUGAAUUUUAAAUAUGAAAUUAUUGUAAGAUAUGGUGGAAUUUUUUCAGCGUCAUUCAGAAAAAGUUGGAAUGGUGACUAGAGCAAGUAAUGAUCAAAUAAAGAAAGCAGCUGAUAUAAUUAAGCGUAUUGACUUGAAAGAUUUUUCCAUAUGCCAAUUUGCUAACCCAGGCUUGCAGAGACACUAUGCAGUAAUGCAGGCAUUAGCUCUGGAGGAGGAUGAAAUUCCAGAAAUAAAAGAUGAAACAUUACCUGACGAGGAAGGCUUGGCCAGACCAGGAGUGGUGAAGGCAUUAGAAGAAUUCAAGACCUCGGUUUAUGGAGAGAAUUACAAUGAGGAAUGUGAAGCCAAUGCGAAGCCAAGUGAAGCCUCUAAGAAACGAAAAGUGCAAGCUGAGGUCGCAACAAAAGAGUGUGAAAACUAUGACUGGGUUGAACUUGCUGAUACUGGAAAGGUAAACCUUGAAAAUUUCUGUUUAUCGUUUUCUCGUGGAAAGUUGAUUCGAGACAAGCACGUGUGCUACAACCUUAAACCAGUUUUGCAUAACAAACAUACUCUGUAA